GGGGCGCAGUGUCCGGAGGCCGACGUCCGGUUCGGCCCAGCGCUCCCGGAGGGCUUCACACUGGGGAGCCCAAAGGAGUGGAAGCGCGUUUCUUGGAGAUUAUCCUGGGGAAAUCCUGAGGGCAUUCAUUAUGAAGUGUACCACCCAGGAGUGGCUCAGAGUAACCGCAGUGCUAUUCAUGGCUAGAGCAAUUCCAGCUAUGGUGGUUCCUAACGCCACGGUACUGGAGAAACUCCUGGAAAAGUACAUGGAUGAGGAUGGCGAGUGGUGGACUGCCAAGCAAAGAGGGAAAAGGGCCAUCACAGACAGCGACAUGCAAAGUAUCCUGGACCUUCAUAAUAAAUUACGAAGUCAGGUGUAUCCAACAGCUUCUAAUAUGGAAUACAUGACAUGGGAUGCAGAGUUGGAAAGAUCUGCAGAAUCUUGGGCUGAAUCUUGUUUAUGGGAACAUGGACCCGCAAGUCUCCUCCCCUCAAUUGGACAGAACUUGGGAGCACACUGGGGAAGGUACAGACCUCCAACAUUUCAUGUGCAAGCAUGGUAUGAUGAAGUGAGAGACUUCAGCUACCCAUAUGAGCAUGAAUGCAAUCCAUAUUGCCCGUUCAGAUGUUCCGGUCCUGUCUGUACUCAUUAUACGCAGGUGGUGUGGGCAACAAGUAGCAGAAUAGGUUGUGCCAUUAAUUUGUGCCACAACAUGAACAUCUGGGGACAGAUUUGGCCCAAGGCUGUUUACCUUGUUUGCAAUUAUUCCCCAAAGGGAAACUGGUGGGGCCAUGCCCCUUACAAACAUGGACGACCCUGUUCUGCUUGCCCACCUAGUUUUGGAGGGGGCUGUAGAGAAAAUCUGUGCUACAAAGAAGGAUCAGACAGCUAUUACCCUCCCCGAGAAGAAGAAACUAAUGAAAUUGAACGGCAGCAGUCACAGAUCCGUGACACCCAUGUUCGGGCAAGGGCGGAUGACAGUAACAGAAACGAAGUCAGAAGCACGCAACAAAUGUCCCAAAUCGUUUCCUGUGAAGUAAGAUUAAGAGACCAGUGCAAAGGAACAACCUGUAAUAGAUAUGAAUGUCCAGCUGGUUGUUUGGACAGUAAAGCUAAAGUUAUAGGCAGUGUACACUAUGAAAUGCAAUCGAGCAUCUGUAGAGCUGCGAUCCAUUAUGGUUUAAUAGACAACGAUGGCGGUUGGGUAGAUGUCACCAGACAAGGACGGAAACAUUAUUUCAUCAAAUCCAAUAGAAAUGGUAUUCAGUCUAUUGGCAAAUACCACUCCGCUAAUUCCUUCACAGUCUCUAAAGUAACAGUUCAGGCGAUCACUUGUGAAACAACGGUGGAACAGUUGUGCCCAUUUCAGAAGCCUGCUUCGCAUUGCCCAAGAGUUUAUUGUCCUCGUAACUGCAUGCAGGCAAAUCCACAUUAUGCUCGCGUAAUUGGAACUCGUGUUUAUUCUGAUCUGUCCAGUAUCUGCAGAGCAGCCGUCCAUGCUGGGGUGGUCCGGAAUCACGGCGGCUAUGUUGACAUUAUGCCCGUGGACAAAAGGAGGGCUUACAUAGCAUCUUUUCAGAAUGGAAUCUCCUCAGAAAGUUUACAGAACCCUCCAGGGGGAAAGGCAUUCAGAAUAUUUGCUGUUGUGUGAAGCAGAAUACUUAGAAGAGAACAAUAAAAACUAUUUCAAAUGCCAUAUAGCUGAAGUUUGUAUAAAACUGUAACAUCACUGUACAGAAGGUAUCAUCUAUUUCAGGAAAAAAGUACCAACCAAAUGCAUUUAAAUCUUGAUAGACUAUAAAAUAAGACAUGGGACAUUCAUUUCGGAAAAAGCAAUAAAUAUGUCAUGGUUUUAGAAAUCCUGUGUUAAAUAUUGCUAUAUUUUUUUAGCACUUAUUUCUAUAGUUAUACAUAAUCAUGGUUUUUCUACAUUUUUAUGUUAUAUGGUGCUUUUUAUAUGCCACUAAUAAAAUGAAUCUAAAUAUGGAAUGUGAAUGGGCCUCAGAAUAUAAUCUGGUACAUUAAAAAAUAAUGAACUCCCCAAACAGAAACAUUAUUACAUUUUUCAAGCCCAAUGCAUUAACUAACUAGUCUCCAUUUAUUUUCAAGUUAAUUAUUGUACAGUUCCUCUCUUUUGUUAAGUUUAGGCAUGUAGAAUAUUCAGUCCUAAUUAUUGUACUUCUUUCUUUGUAUAAAAGUAAUCUUUUACUAUCCAGAUGAGCAGUUGUUAAAAUGCCUGGUUUCUGGGUAAUAGACUUCAUAUUAGUAAUAACUGGAAAGAACUUGAAGAUUGGUAUUAGAAAUAUUCCUACAGCAUAUAGGAAGUAUGAAGAGAAGCAGAACUUGGUAUCCAGAACUCUCUCUGUAUUGAAAUCGAAGUCACACAUUUUCUAUUGUACCCUGGCAAAUACUCCUGCAGGCCAGGAAGCACAAUGGCAGUAAGAUGAACACAAAUGAAUGAAUGUAUUUCAUCACCAUCGCCGUUCAUUUUUUAAAAUGGCAAAUGGGCUUGUGCAUUAAUGUUGCCAUGUUAGGGUACCUUUAGUGGUGAUAUUUUAUGUCUGUGAAAAAGAUGUAUUGUGCUUUGAGACUUAAAAUCCAUAAAACAUUACUUUUGGUAAUUUG